AUGGCACACAGUGCGAAAGCCGCCACCCAGCAACUGCAACCCGUGGAAGAUCGUGCCGAACUGUCCUCUGCAGAAGAUGAGCACGAACAGCUGACCGCUUCUUCGAAUCUGCACUACAUUCAGCCCACGUUCAUAUCGCUUAUUAGCGAAAAGCAAUGGAAACCGGACGCCCGGCAGAACGAUGGGGCGGUUUACGGGAUGAACAAAAUGACAACGAUCCUGACCAAGGAAGCGCACACGAACGGUGCCCGUAUGCAGCUGAUCAUGAGCAUUCUGGCCAAUCUGACGGUACUGUCGUCCGGUAUGGGGCUGGGCUAUUCGGCUAUAACGCUGCACGCGCUUACCAGCGAGGACAAUCCGUUGCGAAUGAAUACUAGCCAGGCUACGUGGUUCGCUUCCAUCAGCUCGUUCGCGUGCCCUCUCGGUGGGCUUGUUUCCGGAUACCUGCUAGACCGCAUCGGACGCAAGAAAACGCUCAUGCUUAUCAACGUGCUAUCCAUCGUGUCUUGGUCACUGAUCGCGGUUUGCAGUAUGACUAACUUUGAUCUGAUGUACACACAGAUCCUAAGCGCUCGUGUCAUCAUCGGCAUUGUCAUCGGCUUAGUAAGCGCACCGGCCUCCAUAUACUCGGCAGAAAUCGCCACACCGAAGAUGCGCGGCCGGCUGACCGUCCUAACGUCGCUGAGUAUUGCCGUCGGUAUUCUGCUGAUCUACUCGAUGGGGUACGCCAUACCGCACGAUUUCCGCCUGGUAGCCGCACUCGCCGCGGCCGUUUGUGUGUUUUCGCUGGUGGUGUUGUUCUUCAUGCCCGAAUCACCUGCCUGGCUGAUGUCGAAGGAUCGCGAAGAGGAAGCCGAACGAUCGCUCAAGAAAAUCCGUGGCUACGGUGCGUACAGCCAGCGAAUCCCGGAGGUGGAGAAAGAACUGAUGCGCAUGCGGGAUAAUGUAAUGGCUCAGCGACGUGCCGGGCAGGAAAGUUUCCUACGGCUGCUGAAGCAACCGCAAGUCUACAAGCCACUCGGUAUCAUUAUCGGGUUUUUCGGCUUCCAACAGUUUUCCGGCAUCUUCGUGAUCAUUGUGUACGCGGCUAAGGUAUCGUCGGAAGCGAGCGUAUCGAUGGAUCCGUUCCUUUGCACGGUGCUGAUCGGGAUCACGCGCGUAGUAGCCACCAUGCUGGUGGCCUACAUCCUGGAUACGCUCGGCCGCAAACCACCGUCCAUCUUUUCCGGUGUCGGUAUGCUUGUGUGCAUGUUCGGACUGGCACUGUGCAGCUACUUCCCACCGAUCGAGCCACUAAAAUGGAUCCCGACCGUCCUGAUACUGACGUACAUCUUUACCAGCACGCUCGGAUUUCUUACCAUGCCCUUCUCGAUGCUGGCCGAACUGUUUCCCCAGACGGUGCGCGGUCCUGCCUCAGGUGUAACCGUGUUUUUCACCUACCUGAUGUCAUUCUGCACGAUCAAGCUGUACCCUACGAUGGUGGAGUAUCUUGGCAGUGCGAACGUGUUCAUCUUCUACGGGGUUAUCUCCCUGCUGGGUGUACUGUACGUCAUCUACAUCGUGCCCGAAACGAAGGGCAAAUCGCUGCAGGAGAUUGAGGAUUAUUUCCGCGGCAUGUCACACGGUUCGACACCAUCGCAAGAGGUUGAGGAAGAUGAAGUCAGCAAUCUGUCCACGGAGAGUGUGUGAGCCAAUGAUACGGCAACCUGUUCAGGAUGGUUUUGCGACAAAAUGAGUGGAAAAGAUACGGCCGAGGUGGAGGCCGCCCUUACCGAAAAAUCAUCCGCACCGAAGAGUCCAACCCAUGCCGUCCUAACGCAGCUAACACGCCGUGCCGCCAUUAUUCAGAUAGUGAUGGCGGUUGUGGCCAACAUUACCAUCAUCUCGUCCGGGAUGGGUAUCGGUUUUCCUUCGAUUGCUAUGAUUGAGCUUACGAAUUCUACCACCUCGGUAGUGCUGACGGAAUCCGACGCAACGUGGUUCGCAUCCAUCACAUCGAUAAUGUGCCCUUUUGGCGGGCUGCUUUCCGGCUAUCUGCUGGACAAGGUCGGGCGUAAGAAAACGCUCUACUUUAUCAACAUCAUAUCGAUCGUUUCCUGGGCAAUCAUGUCUUUUGCAAGCCGCACCGAUAGCACCACGCUCUUCAUCCAGCUAAUCGUGGCGCGUAUAAUAAUAGGCAUUGCGAUAGGCUUAUCUAGCACUCCGGCAUCGGUAUACGCGGCCGAGGUGGCCCAUCCAAAUCUUCGCGGGCGCCUAACGCUGCUGACCGCCUUCUGUACUGCCAUCGGCAUGCUUAGUAUCUACACGCUCGGCUAUGUGUUCAAGAAUGACUGGCGGUUCGUGUGUAUGAUCUGUGGCGUAUUUACCGUCGUAUCGCUGCUGACCGUAAUACCGCUGCCCGAAUCGCCCAGCUGGCUUGUGAGCAAGAAGCGUAUGCCAAAAGCGGAACGAUGCCUAAAGGUGGUACGUGCCAUCAAGGAGGACGAUCAUCCCGAGAUACGAGCCGAGCUGGAUGCACUGGUGGACAACAUUGCACGCUUCCGAUCGUCACAGGAUGGCAAAAAUUCGAAGCUGGAUCAGUUGAAGAAACCGGAAGUUUACAAACCGCUCGCCAUCAUGUGCACGUUCUUCUUCUUCCAACAGUUUACCGGUAUCUUCGUGAUUAUCGUGUACGCGGCAAGCUUCUCAAUCGAGGCCGGUGUUGCGAUCGAUCCGUUCCUGAGCGCGGUGUUUGUCGGACUGACGCGCGUUGUAACUACCGUGCUGAUGUCGUUCAUCUCCGACAAGUUUGGGCGUCGUCCACCGGCUCUAUUUUCCGGUUUCGGUAUGGCCUCCUGUAUGUUCGGAUUAGCCAUCUGUGCCAUCCAUCCGGUGAAGGGGACAUCUCUUGCCUGGAUCCCAACAGUACUGCUCGUUGCAUUUAUCUUUACCGCCACGCUCGGCUUUCUCACACUGCCGUUCUCGAUGAAUGCCGAGGUGUAUCCGACCAAGAUACGUGGUUUCGCGUCCGGAUUGACCAUCUUCUUCGGGUACACCAUGUCGUUCAUUAUUCUUAAAAUAUAUCCUUCAAUGGUGGAGACUAUCGGCAGCUCGAACGUGUUCAUCCUGUUCGGUUGCCUGUCGAUGCUGGGCAUCGUGUUCGUGUAUUUCUUCCUGCCUGAAACGAAGGGUCGCACGCUGGAAGACAUCGAAAAUCAUUUCCGUGGCAAAAAGUCCUCCGACGUGCCAGAGGUCGAAAUGAAAACAAUGCUUAAAGCUAGCCAAGCCACACCACGCAAUUAA